CUCGGCUCGAAGCUCUGAGCUGCGGAUAGGCACGGGGGUGAAGCGAAUCUGGAGGUGAGCUGUCACGCUGACUUGGAUUCGGGGGUUGGCUGCCGGCUGGUGACGUCCCCUCCCUGCCCUGCCACACAAAAACCUGGUGGUCUGUGCUGCGCGGCGCGGGGGCGUGGGAUGUGGCUGGCGACGUCCCGGUGAUCCCUUUCGCCGGGCCGGCGUUGCGGGGCGGGGCGGGCCACAGUGCCGCAUGCUGCCACCGCCCACCGGGAGCAGGCGAAUCCAUGCACGAAAUUUGGGUUCUGACCCGAUCUUUGUGCUCUCAACAAUUACAACUUGGCCACCAGACCAGCCCACCAUGGCUUACGACUUGUUAACUUUGUGGUGGGUACUGGGUAGUCCAGUCAGCGAAGUUGGCCGACGGUGUACGAUGGAUGGCCAACAUGGGCUACGCCGAUUGAGGCCCAUCAACACGGGAGUGGGCUACGGCCUGUUUGACGUCGCACCACGGUCCACGACAACCUCGUCGUAUUCCGAUUCGGUCGGCGCGACUCCUCAACUGAAACUGUGUCAUUGUCUGUCAGUGCUCGCCGCGCGGAUCUAGGGGGAGGGGGGCCGUGCCCGGCGCGGACGCCGGGAUGCCGAUCUGCGCGCCGUCGUCCGACUCCUCGGCCUCGGCCUCGUCGGGCUUGGGCGCCCGCGUCUGGGUGCUCCACGGGCUAGCGCUCGGCGCGGCGGCCGCGGCCGCUGCCGUUGCGUACCUGUACCGGCGGCCGACCGGGUUCCGCAGCCGCGCGGUGGGGAUCAUACCCGCGCGCUUCGCCUCCACGCGCUUCGAGGGCAAGCCGCUCGUUCCCAUCCUCGGCAAGCCCAUGAUCCAGAGAACAUGGGAAAGAGUUAUGCUAGCUUCUUCGUUGGACCAUGUUGUUGUGGCAACGGAUGAUGAGAGAAUUGCAGAAUGCUGUCGAGGAUUUGGAGCUGAUGUUAUAAUGACAUCAGCAUCUUGCAAAAACGGAUCUGAACGCUGCUGUGAGGCACUAAAGAAGCUUGAUAAGCACUAUGAUAUUGUUGUCAAUAUUCAAGGAGAUGAGCCUCUCAUUGAACCAGAGAUAAUAGAUGGUGUAGUUAUGUCACUGCAGCGAGCUCCUGAUGCAGUCUUCAGCACAGCUGUUACUUCACUGAAACCAGAAGAUGCAUUCGAUACAAACAGGGUGAAGUGUGUUGUGGAUAAUCUGGGCUACGCAAUAUACUUUUCAAGAGGGCUGAUUCCAUUCAAUAAAUCAGGGAACGCCAAUCCAAAAUAUCCAUAUCUUCUUCAUCUUGGAAUCGCGGGCUUUGAUUCAAAAUUUUUGAAGAUAUAUCCAGAACUUCCACCAACACCAUUACAAAUGGAAGAGGACCUAGAGCAACUAAAAGUUCUUGAAAAUGGCUAUAGGAUGAAGCAGCAUAUCUUUUUGUAUGGUGAUCAAAGUGGACCAUGAUGCCCAUGGUGUGGAUGCACCCGAGGACGUUGAGAAAAUCGAAGCACUGAUGCGAACGAGAAACAUUCAGUAGAAAACGAAGAGAAAGCAAGUGCUUUGCAUUGCUAUCGGCGUUGGCUUGGUGGGAUACUUUUGGUUGUGCUUUCCCGUCUUCUGAAUAGCAUGAUACCAAGUGAAGUUGGUGCAUCACUUCUUGAAGUUUUGUGCUUGCUAAAACGUUCAGUGAUUGGAUAUGUCACUUGCAUUAGUCCUCAAUCAGCAGUUCAGCGCGCAGGUGGAUUGUAUCUGUACUUCAGUAGUUAGUAGCAUUACUUUCAGUCUUCUUUACAUUGAAAAACAAAUCGUUUCUGGAGAUGAAGCAAUUGGACAGUGUAAAACAAAAGGCUAAAGACCCAUCCAUGCCGCGAGGCGUGAUUGAUAUAAGGCCAGACUCAUCGGAACUUUCAUUAGACUUCCAUUUACAUGUAAUAAGUUUUCAUAUAUACAAUGUUGAUGAUGUAUACAAUUUUAAUGACGUGA